AUGAAAGGCUCCGAUCUGAUCAACUCCAAGCUCCCCGACGAGCUCCUCUUCGACAUCAUCCAGCGCUUCGACGGGUCCAAAUCCGACUGCGACGCGAUCUCCCUCGUCUGCAAGAAAUGGAUGCGGAUCGAGGCGAUUCCUGCUCGCCGCAACCAUCAGGAUCAUUCCGGCUGCCAGCCUCUAUCAUCGACCGAGCGGAUCCGCCGUUCAUAUCCCCCCCCCGCCGCCGUCAUCCCCAGGCUCAGCCCUAAAAAGAGACGGGCUCAUUCUUCUGAACAUCAUCAAGUGAAUGAAAACAGUGAGUCUGAAAGUGAACUGGAGAGUUUUUGUUUGAGUGAUGCUGGUUUAUCUUCUCUUGCAAUUGGAUGUAAGGAUCUUGAAAAGUUAAGUUUGAUAUGGUGUUCCAACAUAACAUCUCUGGGGUUGAAAAGCAUCGCUGAGAGUUGCAGAUUCUUGAGAUCCUUAGACAUGCAGGGUUCUUACAUUGGAGACCAAGGUCUGACUGCUGUGGGACAGUGCUGUAAGCAGCUUGAAGAUUUAAACUUGCGCUUUUGUGAAGGAUUGACUGACCAAGGUGUGGUUGAGUUUGCCCAAGUAUGUGGAAAGGCACUGAAGUCUUUGGGAAUAGCAGCUUGUGCGUGGAUAACUGAUAAGUCACUGAUUGCUGUGGCAGCUCACUGCACAUUCCUUGAGACGUUGUCCCUGGACUCAGAGUUUUUCAGGAAUGAAGGAAUAGUUUCUAUUGCCAAAAGUUGUCGGUCAUUGAAGGCACUAAAACUGCAGUGCAUAAAUGUUACUGAUGAGGCUCUGCAAGUUGUUGGUUCCUUAUGUUCUUCACUGGAGUUAUUGGCUCUGUUCAGCUUCCAGAGAUUUACUGAUAGAAGCCUCUUAGCUAUUGGAAAAGGAUGCAAGAAGCUUAGGGAUCUCACUCUUAGCGAUUGCUAUUUCUUGAGUGACAAGAGUCUUGAAGCUGUUGCAUCUGGCUGUACAAAGUUGACGCAUCUAGAGAUAAAUGGUUGCCACAACAUUGGCACAUGGGGACUUGAGUCUAUCGGAAAAUCUUGCUCAGGUCUCUUGGAGCUAGCUUUGCUAUACUGUCAGAGGAUUGGCAAUAGUGCUCUAUUUGAAGUUGGCAAAAACUGCUCACUUUUGCAAGCGCUUCAUUUAGUAGAUUGCUCCAACAUAAAUGAUGAGGCAAUAUGUGCUGUAGCUCAGGGUUGCAGAAACUUGAGGAAACUUCAUAUCCGUCGUUGUUAUGAGAUUGGAGAUAAAGGUCUUAUCAAAGUUGGUGAGAACUGUAAAUUUCUUACUGAUUUGAGCCUCCGAUUUGUUGAUAGGGUUGGUGAUGAUGCACUUGUUUCCAUUGGCCAAGGGUGUUCUCUCCGGUAUUUGCAUGUUAGUGGUUGCCAUUUAGUCACUGAUAUUGGAUUGACAGCCAUUGCCAGAGGCUCCCCGGAGCUUACCUACCUGGAUAUCAGUGUUCUUCAGGGUAUAGGAGAUAUGUCAUUGGCUGAGUUGGGAGAAGGGUGUCCUAUGCUCAAGGACAUAGUUUUGUCCCAUUGCAGGCAAAUAACUGACACUGGGUUGAGCCACCUUGUUAAGGGAUGUGCCCAGCUUGAGACCUGCCACAUGGUUUAUUGCCCAUCCAUAACUUCAGCCGGAGUAGCUACUGUUGUCUCAGGCUGUGCCAAUAUAAAGAAGGUUCUUAUUGAAAAGUGGAAGGUGAGCCAAAGAACCAGGCGCAGAGCUUCCUCUAUCAUCUCUUAUCUCUGUAUGGAACUUUAGUUAUUGUCUGUUCUCCAUGAGAAUAGCAGCCCACGUGAUCAUGAACUGCCUGGUGUAAGCCAAGCAAAGUUGAAGGUCUUUGUUGAGAAGUGGAUGAUCACUAUAAAAAGAAACAGGACGGGAAGAGUGCUGUCUUCUAAGCUCAACCCUGGACUUUGAUGGUAGCAUGUGCUUAUGAGAAGUCAGUUCGUGGCAAGCAAAGAGGCUUUUGCGACCCAUUAUGCGUAUUGGACUUCUGCCUAUGAAGGCACGGUUGCAGAUUGUAAACGGGCACUGCUGAAACGAUUAGCUUAAAAUUCCUUAAGAUGAAUCUUUUCUUGGGAGAGAGCAAGACAAUAUAGAAGAUUGAAGAAAUGUCCUAGCUUCUUCUAUUUUCUUUGUUCCUAUAUUCAUUGCUCAGAUUGACUUAAUGUCAAUUGUGAGUGUAGACCAUGAUAUUAUUUGCAUGUGAAGUUAGAUAACAAAGAAAUGGAUGUCUGCGUCGUUUGUGCAUGAGGUCAGUUUCCUUGUUGAGACAUGAGAGACGGUAUCAUUAACAUUUUAUGUUGGAAGUUCUUUUUAUUGAUUGAAAUCACAAGUUUACAUAUUCAAAGUUCAAUGGGAAGAUGAUUUCUAUUUGGUGA